UCCACCUCUUCACUUUCCACAACCCACAAAUGUCACACCAAACCAAGAUCCCACAUCAUCAAUAUCAAAAUCACAAGCCACUCAUACAAAAUGCCCAUCGAAAUCACCCAACUCACAGACGAAGACAUUCCCUCCGCAGUAGAAUGCAUCCAAGAAGCCUUCAAAGACGACCCAUACAAUAACUGGGUCUUCCAUCCCCUCUCCUCCUUCUCCAAAACCCGAAACACCCACUCCCUAACCCUCCGCUGCAAAUGGGGUCAAAAACACGCCCUCUUCCACGUAGCAAAAGAAACAUCCCCCACCUCCCCCUCCUCCUCGCCUCCAAAAGUCCUCGGCGUAGCCUGCUGGCUCCCACCCAAACCCCUCAACUCCCCACAAACCUGGUCAUCCUAUUUCGGAGAUUGGUGGCUCUGGUUCGAACAAGUAAAAAUGAACCUCCUCCUCCACCCCCUCACCUACCUCACCACCUCUCGCACUCGAUACUACAUCUGGAAACGCGCCCAAGCAUCCGCCCAGCAAACCCUCUGGACCGACCCUUCUGGGUACUACUUCUGCAACAUCGUAACAGUGCUUCCCUCCGCUCAAGGCCAAGGAAUAGGCAAAAAAUUAUUCAAACACGUAACCGACCAAGCCGAUAACGAAGGAAAGCGAUGUUACUUGGAAUCAAGUCGCGCAGAACCAAAUUUGAAAAUAUACGAGAAAAUGGGAUUCGAGUUGAAGAAAGAAAUGGUGUGUGAUGACGAUGGGGAUGCGAUUACGUUGUAUUGUAUGAUGAGGGAGCCGCAGAAGAUGCAAGAGAGUUCAUGAGAGUCGUGAAUUUCUUUGGUCAUUUCUUCUUUCUCAUUUUGCUGGAGCUAUGCUAAUGGAUGCUGUUCCAUGCUUCAUAUGAUUCCGGUCGUCAUGCCUAUUCCUCAAUUUCUCAGAGUACCAUCAUUUCAUUCCAAAAGUUCAAGGAAACACGCUAUUUUGGUUGAUCCGUCGUGCACUCAGAACGUCUAGUACCGAGGUGGUCCUGGUGGUGGGCUGUAUGCAUUGUCAGUAAGCUCUUCGCGAAAGGGGCCUGGAAAUACUCACGCGCCAU